UUAAUUAGUAUUUUGAUGCCUUUCUACUUGCAGGUGUACUCACCAAUUGAGGAUUAUACUGAGAAGAGCCUUGGUAAUGGCUGUUGUCAAACAGGCCAUGUUUCUUGUUCCCUAAUGCUUAAGAAACAGAUUUUUGUACCCGGUGAGAAUAUAAUUGCAACUAUAACUCUCCAAAAUAUAUCCUUCCGGAAAUGUGGAUCAUGUAAUAUGCAGUUGAAACAGAUUGUCCGAUGUAGUGAUUCCUGUCCAGUUGUUGUAAUUGUGGCAAGUUCCAAGUUGUGUGAAUCAAUCCGGCCUGGACAGAGCUGUCAUUGGCAAGGAUAUGAAUUUACUGUGCCUCCAACAUGUCCAUCCCGACUGGAUAUGUGCAAAAUUAUCAGCAUCAAAUAUUGUGUGGCGAUUGAUACAGCAUUUGAUGAUUUCAACCUUUAUGCUGCUGUUCCAAUUGUUAUAGCAACCAUUCCUGAAACAGGUACAGAAGUUGCAAAAUGGUCUUACAGAGGAAGCCAGAGCUCAAAAAAGGGUGCUUAUCAAGAGGCAGCGGAACUUCCCCACACAGAGUUUGCGCCGAAAUACAAGGUCUAUGAUUACCUCCCGGGACAAACCAAUCGAGACACGACUAUGCUUAUUGAUCUGCCUCAUAGUCCAGGUCAGUUUAAAAGACAUCACAGGAAAUCAAAUUUGGACAAUUCUGUAAUAUGCAAUGAUGAUGAUAAAGAGGAAACAUCGUUAAAGGCUGCUAAAACAUAAUGGAAUCCUUUCAGUUGGGGGUUUCUGAAUUAAUUCCAUUUAAAUCUUAUUCCGAAAAAUCAACCAUUGAAGAGAAGAGAGAAAAAUAAAACUGAUUUGUGUUCAUUUAUUUUUAUAAUCGAAAGUCAUCUGUUCAAACAUAACUACUCAAAUAAUUUCAAUAACUCAAUGAAAAUACAUAUAAAUUGAUUGAAUGUUAAAGAUUGAAGAGAAUAUAACAUUUUUAAAAACAUUUUCAUUCAGUUUCCAUCAAAAAUAAACUAAUGUAUGAAGUAAGAAACAAAAACUUCAGCAAAAAUUAUAAGAAAAAAACUACAUAACAGUUGUCUGUAGGCCACUUCUAAAAAUUUGGAAUGGUUAAUGACCCACACUGGAACAUAAUGCCUAUAAAUGAUAGCAUGCAACACUGACAAGACAGAAAUUGCUUACAAGCUGGCAUUUAAUAAAGAAUUGUCGAAACAUAAUAAUGAAAUUAGAUGACAGAUUUUGCCUAUGUCUGGCACACAAAUUAGAAAUUUCCUCAACAUCCAUUGUACAAAACAGGAAUUGCAUGCAGUAUGUACACAAGACUGAAAUUGCCUUUAACUGGAAUAAAAUGGAGAAACUGCUACACAUGGGGAAGAAAAUUACCUCAAAAUAUUGCUAUAAAGCUGAAAAAUGGCCAUGGAAAUUAAUGAGAAGACUGAUAUAUUUAAGGCUGUACUAUGAGAUUAAAACAUUCUUAUUAAGGAUA